UGAGCGUAGUGUCUUUUUGUAGCACUGUCAUGGCAUCGUUUAUCGUACCUCAACUCACGCCUUUUGGGCCUAGGCUACCGACUGUCGACACGAGCUGUCAUUUUCAUACCAAUUUAGUUUUCGACUUUCUACACUACUGUUUAGUCAUCUUGUCUAGAUCCACUCGGGGCUGGGACCACUUUUUUAAAGACUUAUUGUUACAUUUCUUUAAAUGUACGCACCAUUGUGCUUAAGACAAAAUCACUUUAGGACUGGCAAGACACACUAUAGCCAAAAGAAUUUGUAUGGUAGCGGUCUAAUGACAAAGCCUGAGUAAAUGUCAUUUUUUAUACAAGUUCCUGUGGCGGUAGUGGGUCACGCAUGUGGUAAAGUGACUUUGUCUAAAGACCGAGAUCAUAAUAAUCUUUCUAUUUUGAGAGAUCAGAAAAUAAACAGAGUUUAGAAAACGAAUUACAAUAUUCAAUACUACACGUUAAAGUGUUACUAAGUAAUCUGUGAGACAAGCGGCCUAUUACUGUAGAUUUACAAUUAGAAUUACGUAUUAGAUUAAUUUAGAUCUCGUGUUACUCCCAAAUAGUAAACUUUGCAAUGGGUUUUGAUGAAGGUCUUAUAACAUUAAAUAGUGACAAUGGUUCCUACUUUUCUGGGCAAACAGUUUAUGGUAAAUUAGUUUUUAGUCAGGACAAAAUUAAGAAGUUUCGAGGUAUUUAUGCAAAAUUUAAAGGAUACUGCAAAAUUCAUUGGACCACUCAGCACAGUCGAACAAAUAGUCAGGGUAAAAGUGAAUCUUAUACAGUCAAUCAUGAAUCCUAUGAAGAAUAUAUUAAUCACAAAGCUUUUUUAAUAGGAGGAGAGAGAGGUGAAGUGGUAUUACAACCAGGUAAAUAUGAAUUCCCUUUCGAGUUCCAAUUGCCGGGUAAUUGCCCAUCAUCAUUCGAAGGGACCGUGGGACACAUACGAUAUGAGAUCAAAGUGGUUGUCGACAGGUCAUUUAAGAUUGAUCAGGAGAAAAAAGUUGCUGUCCGAAUAAUAGCGCCUUUGGAUUUAAACCAGGACCCUUACUGUCGGGAGCCCAUACAGUUUGAACUCGAAGAUGUGUACUGCUGCUGCUGUUUAAGCCGGGGUGCCACAGAGACCGUAGUGAAACUACCAGUGGCAGGGUACUGCCCUGGGCAGCUGAUACCCAUCGAGGUAGCUUGUGAGAAUAGUGGCCGUGUUACUAUAGAUGACAUUAAGCUGAUGAUUAAGAAGAAAGUAACAUACCACGCAACUACGAACCCCGCUAAGCGAGAGACAAAGGAUUUGAUAGCAGAGAUCAAGAAAGGUCCAAUUCCUGGUGACACCACUCGUAAUUGGACUGUAGAAAUGGUGGUGCCUUCCAUUGACAUUUACAAUCUUGCUGCCUGCAGAUAUAUUGACGUAGAUUAUAUAUUCAAGGUUGUGGUAUCACCAAGUGGUUGUCACAGCGACUCCAAAGACUAUAAACGUUUAGUUAUCGGGAACAUACCUUUAGUGGGCUACCAAGACGAUGUCCAAAACCCUCUACAUGAUCAAAUGCCGCAAAUUAAUGCGCCCAUUGUCAACCAGCCGUCACAUCAGGGGAACGAGUCUUACCCCGCUCCUUAUCCUUACCCCGAAGUGACUCCUUAUCCUUCGGGAACUUCCUAUCCUGUUACAACACAAUAUCCUUUGACCCAAAAAUCCCAAACUCCAUAUCCGCCAGACCAACUUGCUUCUAACGUGCCAUACCCACCGCCGUACUCUCAAAUUUCUCAAAACCCACCAUAUCCUCAAAUUUCGCAAAACCCACCGUAUCCUCAAAUUCCUGCAUAUACAUCAGGAGAUGCAGCACAAUCUCUAUCAGCCAAUACACCAUAUCCCAAUUCACCUUAUCCAACACCUUUAAAUAUGCCUUCACCAAAUCCACCUUAUCCUCAAAACACACCUUAUCAAGAUAUCCAGACUCCCUACAAGGGAACUGGAUUAAAAACAGGAACAUUUGGUUUCAUCGUUCCCACAUCAGUGCCUUCAGAAGUGAAUCCUCUGAGUAUGCCAGCAGUGACCCCAGCGAAUCCAUUUGCCACUGCUAGCGCUCCGCCCGCUCUUGACAAGGAAAAAUAAUACGUUAAUUUAAUAUCUAUGUUAAGUUAUAUUAACGCAUUUAUUAUACACUUUACAAUUAAAUUUGUAAUCAAAAAAUAUUAAACGACAUGCCAGGUUGGUUGUAAAGCAAUUUUUAAAAGCUUAGAAAAUCGUGAUAUUUGAAUGUGUACCGUUGCGUAUAAUCUAUAACUCUUGAAUUGUUCCAUUUUUAGAUGGAACAACCUUUUUUCAUUACAAUUAUUUUGUAUUUAGAAGAUAUGAUCAAAGAUCAUUUUAGUGUAAGUUUUAUAAUAAUAUAUGGCGCCUUUCUCAGUUGACAUAUUUUUUAAUACAUUUUGAAAAUAAAUAGCUAGCUUAUUGUACCGCGUUACAAAUCGUAAAAAACUUUGAAAUCGGUCUAGUAUUUCGUGACAAAUCUUUUAAUUUUAUAUUAUUAGUAUAGAUUUGUUAUCUUUAGGAUAAAGAGAUUUUAGAGUAAGUUUUUAUAUUUUUUUAUGAAAUCCCGUUGGUACUACGCAUUUACGUAUAGUUCCUACAAAUCGUGUAUAUAUUGUUCAUAUAGCAUUGUUGGAGUUGGAGCCAAAUUUUUAACUAAGCGUUCUAGCUAUUAGAAUCCAUACACUUCAUUAUCUUACGCCUUUACACAUUAAAAAAGCUUUUAUAAGCGCGAUUUUUUUUACAUAUAUUUCGAUUUACGUAAAUAAAUUCGCGUUAAAUUAUUAACUAUGUACGUAAAACCAUUGUAAUUAUAUAUUUAAAAUUUUUGUUUAUAUUCAAUCUUAUUAUUUUAAUAUCUUGUAUAAUUGCAUUGAUUUGCGAGCAUGCACAUACUCUUAUACAAUAGAAAUGUAAUUUAAUCUUUAUUGUUAUUUUCGUUUGCUGUGGAGUAUGCCAUAAGGUAUUUUUUCUUUAUGGACAUAUAAUUUAUGGACAAUACUACCUAAUACAACUUCCAGGUAAUAAUUCCAGUGUAUCUAUUUAAAUAUUGCUAAUACUAUGACAUUUUUAUUAUUAACUAUUAUUGCAAAUUAUUACUUGUGUCGUACCUUCACAGGAUUGUUAAAUUUUAUGACAAUCUUUUGAGUUGUUUUCUGUUUCUGCUAAAACACCUAAAUCAAAUCAAAACAAAUUGUCUUAAUUAACUUCCUUUUAUGUUCCUUCCUUCUAGAUGACCACAUAAACAAGGCUUCCUCGAAACGAAUUUUUGCAAUGCUUGCUUGUUACAUUGUAUUGCAAUUUCGGCUUAAUUUAUUUUUAAGAUAUAACAGCGAUACUCAUAAAACAAAUGCAUAAUAACUGUUGUUUUCUAGUCGGAUUUAUUGGACAAUUAUUAUAUUGUACUGUCUCCUUAUAUAGUAUUUUUUUAAACUUUUUACAAAUAUUAAGUGCCUAUAUCUUAUGUAAGAUCUGUUUUAUAAAUAAAUGACAUAG